AUGCAGCUUCGAAAGACAUGCAGUUGCAUAGCCCACAUACAAAAUGGUCCCCACCGCUUAUCACCACCACUAGAGUCUCUAGAAAACAUCAUCGACUUUUCCUCCUUCAUACCCUUGACAGCAGACCAGCGCUCCCAGGCCCAUGACAGGUUCUAUGCUGUCAUCAAUCAUUUCAGUGCCCCUAAUACAAAGGAAGGAUACAGCCGCCCACUACUUGUCUGGUAUAUGCUUGAGUAUGCGCGCUCUGAACUGUCACAGGAUAUUAUUCUGCGUGUCUUCUUUGAAUUUCUGAAUCUGGGUCUUACCAGUGAUGAUGAUGAUAUUGAUUUUGAUGAUCAACUGGGUAUCGGUUUGACCACCUUUGCAGACUUUCUAAUUGAUAACUUUUUUCUACUCAGGUUGAUCUCCUAUCUUCCCGUCUUCAUUAUUUCAUGUCUGUUAGCUCCAUGCAUCAGUAAGGCUUCUGGUCACUCCACCGCCCAACCCUCGCCCGCUCACCUGUCGAUUAUUCAGCAAGAUGAAUUUACUGCCACCCCUGACCGACUGUCAGCCCUAGGGGUAUUUGUCUUGUCCGUGACCGGAAUCGUUGCGUGA